AACUUGAAACGUAGCGCCCUCUUGUCUUCGAUCAAGACCGCAACUUUUUUUGUUGGUUAAAAAAGAAUCAUGGCUUUGGUAUCCGCAAGAGCUAUUUUGAGUCCCGUUCUUCGUAAAACGAUCAAGCAAAUUCUCAUCAAUCGGCAUUAUUCAAAAUGCCAACGAAGAAAUCAAAUUUGCUCUCAACUAUUUUUACCUCAAGUAACACCACAAAGACUUUAUGCUGAGAAAAAAGUAUUUACUCGAGAUAAACCUCAUUGUAAUGUAGGUACUAUUGGUCAUGUCGAUCAUGGUAAAACAACAUUAACUGCUGCUAUUACAAAAGUUUUAUCAGAAAAACAAUUAGCAAAUGCUCUUGGCUACAGUGAAAUCGACAAUGCGCCGGAAGAAAAAGCACGUGGAAUCACAAUAAACGUAGCACACAUUGAAUACUCAACACCAAAUCGUCACUAUGGACACACAGAUUGUCCAGGCCACGCUGAUUAUAUUAAAAAUAUGAUCACAGGAACAGCACAAAUGGACGGCGCUAUUCUAGUUGUUGCUGCAACUGAUGGCGCUAUGCCACAGACACGUGAGCAUUUAAUUCUUGCUAAGCAAAUAGGCAUCGAACAUAUCGUUGUUUUUAUUAAUAAGGUUGAUGCAGCUGAUGCUGAAAUGGUUGAACUGGUGGAGAUGGAAAUCCGUGAACUAUUAUCAGAAAUGGGUUACGAUGGUGACAAAAUUCCGGUAAUCAAAGGCAGUGCUCUGUGCGCACUCGAGGGAAAAAACCCCGACAUUGGAAGCGAAGCUAUUAUGAAGUUACUUGAAGCUGUUGAUACUUUUGUACCGACUCCAAUUCGUGAUCUAGACAAACCGUUUAUGAUGCCGGUGGAAAACGUCUACUCAAUCGCUGGCCGCGGAACUGUCGCGACUGGGCGCCUCGAGCGUGGAAUAAUGAAGAAGGGAAUGGAGGCUGAGUUCAUUGGUUACAAUAAAUCAUUGAAAACCACCAUCACUGGUGUCGAAAUGUUCCACCAGAUCCUGACCGAGGCUCAUGCCGGUGACCAGCUCGGAGCUCUGGUGCGUGGGUUGAAGAGAGACGACAUCAGACGAGGAAUGAUUUUAUGCAAACCCGGAACCAUGAAAGCUUACGAUCACCUGGAAACUCAGGCUUACAUUCUUAGUACUGAAGAAGGCGGCAGAAAGAAGCCUAUUCACAACUACAUGCAGAUUCAGAUGUUCAGCAAGACCUGGGACGUCUCUGUACAAGUUAUUAUUCCAGAUAAAAGUAUGAUAAUGCCCGGUGAAGAUUCAAAGAUCGAGCUGAAAUUAUUCAGACCAAUGGUACUAGAAAAAGGACAAAGAUUCACUUUACGUGAUGGAUCCAUCACUCUCGGCACCGGUGUAGUCACCAGCAUCAUGAAAUCACUUACAGAAAAAGAACGUAUGAUGUUAACCGCUGGUAAGAAAAAACGCGAAAAGGCUGCAGCUGCCGGUGGCUCAUAAAUAUUUUAAUGAAUUUAUUAAUAAAUAUGGUAUAUAUUAAUCACUAACAUAAAUCAAAUAUUAUUGCGAUUAUUUUUACGUCAGUAGUGUCAUUAUUCCAAGUUAUCACAUGUUUUAGCAGUCAAUCGGUUGUUUAAUCCCGAUCAGUCAACAUUCCGGGUACUAAACAAUAUAUGUAAUUUAUAUAUAAGAAUAAAAAUAAUUGGCCACCUUCUAUCCGAUUGGCUGUCGAAUUUAAUUCUAAGCAUUUGCAUUUUACUAUUAAACCUUUGUAUUAAUAUUAAUUAAUUAAUUAAUAAAUUUAUUAGUUAAAAAGUAAUGAUUUUUUUUUUAUUGAGGCCUUUAAGUUGAUAUAUAAAAUGUAUGUAAUAAUUAAUGAAUAAAAUAAAUAAAAUAGACAAUUA